GGGUUUUGCGGAGUUACAGCAACUUUGCUUAUUUGCUGGCACGAAAGGUCUUGCCGCGUCAGUGGAUAGGGCUGUUUUCCAAACUCUAAAAACGCCUGAAGCGUAGAUCUUACCUUAUCUCCGUGUCGUAUCUGUACCUGCGACCUGGCUUCUGCCCACAAUACAUGUACACAACGACAAGACCGAGGCAGCUGCUAUCAAAAGAGGUGUCUUUCUUCUCCUAACAAUUAUUUUGGCGCGAAAUCUUCCGCAAUGUGUGUCAAGGUUGAUCCGAAAAUGAGAGUUGUGCUGAUGUUUCUGUGCCUCGUGUUGGGAGCGUGCCGUGUACAGGCCAGGCCUAAACGAUCGGCGUGCAAGGCUAUCCUGGCCGAAGUUAACGAUGGCCACUGGAAAGACAUGCCGAAAGACAUCAUCAACGAGUGCCGUCUAGCUCUACAGAGCACCAGGCAUCACGGCACCCUGGGAGACGAGGGGGCUCUGGAGUAUGCAAAUGAGCUUGGUCCUGACGCGGAGGACAUGGAUUACGUGAAGACCACCCGGAAGUUUAUCCGCACCCUGAUCAAGGCACUAUCCGGGCUGUCAAUCAACCUGAAGCACAUGAAGGCCACCCAGCGGCAGGCUGACCACGGCAAGACCUGGAAGCCCUAAGGCGCGGUCACAUAGUUGGUGCGAUCGUCCUACGAUCGCUAACUUGGGGCAUUUGUUUAGGACAGCCAUGCAUGUGUCCUACAAUGUUCAGCUGUCUUGUUGCACAACGCUCUCUUGGAUCCUUGUGGGUGGUUGGCUCUGUCACUGCCUGCUUAAAAAUUCUAUUAUCAAAAUCGUACGACGAUCGCACGACCUAUAAGUGACUGCGCCCUUAAACCAGUUUCAUGUCAUAAUGAAAGCUCAUCUGUUUUGGUAGCCUCUACCAGGCUCCACAGGUCGCUGGAACAUAGUAGAAA